AUGACCCAAUCAUCCUUUCCUUUUCUAUUUUCCUCAUCUUCGUCUUGUCAUCGUCUGGUUACUUUAAUAACAAUUUUACUUUUAAAUCCAUUGCCCAUUAUUUACGGUGCGCCAACAAAAAAAGCUACCAAUGAUGUAACAGCAAUACAACGACAAAAACGACAAACUAUUUCCAAUGAUGAGGAUGGAAUAAAUUUAAUUGAUUCAAAUAAAUAUCUUAUGUCACCUGAACCAGAUAUUAAUUUUGAAGGAAUAUUAGGUUGCAAAUACGAUUUAAAUCUAUGUAAUCAAAAUGAAGAUUGUUACGAUGAUGGUCUUUUUGGACAAUGUUGGAAUGGUGAAGGAUCAGUACGUUCAGCAUUUACAUUAAAAACCGGUGUUGAUGGACUUACUGAUGAUAAAUUAAUUGCUAUUGAACAAACAUUAGAUUUUUUAACUCGUUAUCAUCUUAGUUGGAGAGAUUAUAUGACACAAUGUAUACUAUCACAUAUAUUAUCUGAUGAACAGCAAAUAAAUCAAAAUCGUUUGGAAAUAUUUUAUGAAGAUUGUUUAAAUAAAGAUGAAGUAUUGGAUGAACUAGCAGAUAUUCAAGAAGAAAAUGUGUAUCGCCGUCAAUUAGGAUUUUAUCGUCAAAAUAAAAAGUUUUUGUAUAGAGACCCAUAUUUUCCAUUAACUAAAUCGGAUAAAACAAUAAUUCGUCUUGAUAAUAAAUAUGGUGGUCCAUUAUUUAUGGAAUUUGAUGAACCAGAUGAAAUUGAUAUUGAACAAUCUCGUUUAUUACCGAUCACUGCUGGACUUGCCCAAGCAAUAGCUCAAAAAGCCGAAGAAGAACAAUUUAAAAAAUUAAAUCAUGUGAAUACAUAUUAUAUUGGCGAUGAUGAUGAACUUAUAUUAAAUGAAAGACCAAUAGAUUUACCUGAAGAAGAAUCAAUGAUGAAAGAACCAAGUAAAAUAUCUGUACAUACAAGUGAAGGUCAUCCAGGUUUAUUGGAAACAUUGCAAAUAAAUAAUAAUAAACAAAUAUUACCAUUAUUAAUUGAAGAUACAAUAACACGUAAAAUUCUAACAAAUAAUAAUAUGAUAAAUAAAAGUGAUGCCGAACGUUAUUUUGCAGUUGAAACAGCUCAAGGCUAUAUUGUAAUCAACCGAGACUUUAAAGAUCAAAUUGAAGGAGCUCGAUUAUUAUCACUUUUAGCACAAAUUAAUUCAUGGCCAGCAGCUAUUUUUACUGAACUUAAUACCGACCAUCGUGUGCUAACGUUUCAUGUUUUGAAUAAUGCUUAUCAAAUCAAUGCAAGCAAUGUUGCUAGUGCAGCUUUAAAUAAUCAAGAAAGUAUUCAAAAUCAAUUGGGCAUUCAUGUAACUGAUUCUGGCAUUGGCAAUCCCAUACGAGGUAGUCAAUUAUCAGUUGAACGACAAAAUGGUUCACAAUGGGCACUUGUUGCAUCGACUAUUUGUGGCGUGGUACUUCUUAUUAUGGGUGCAUUUGCUUUACUUUAUUUCGUUAAACGUAAUGAUCGUAUUCGAAAUAAACUUGCUGAAAUAACACAUAUUCGAGGUUUAUCAACAAAUUAUUAUCAAGAUUUAUGUCGACAACGAAUGCAAGUACAUCCAACAGGUAGUAAAUCACCUGAUAUACAUAAGGUUCAACAAACACCACCACCAAGUGCAGGACCAACAACAGUAUCAGCUGCUAGUCAUGCUAAGCAUAAUAGUGAAGGUUCAUCAACUCGAAGUUCAACAUCAUCAUGGAGUGAAGAACCUGUAGCUCCAGUUAAUAUGGACAUCAUGACCGGACAUCUGAUUUUAUCAUAUAUGGAAGAUCAUCUACGUAAUCGACAUCGUUUAGAAGCUGAAUGGCAAGCAUUAUAUACAGAUGAAAUAAAUGAAGAACGAGCGUCAUGUGCUGUUGCACUUUCAGAAACUAAUGCCAAUAAAAAUCGAUAUAUUGAUUGUAUACCAUAUGAUCAUGCUCGUAUUCGACUUGCAAACAAUGGCGAUGAUGAUUAUAUCAAUGCAAGUCCAAUUACUGAUUCUGAUCCAAAAUGCAAAUAUAUUGCAACACAAGGUCCAAUGCCAAAUACAACAAAUGCAUUUUGGCAAAUGGUUUGGGAACAGGGAUCGUGUGUCAUCGUAGCAUUGACUCGACCUAUUGAAAGUGGUAUUACAAUGUGUCAUCAUUAUUGGCCAGUUGAAGGUUCAGCACGAUUUAACGAUUUUGAAGUCAAUCUUGUUUCAGAACAUAUUUGGUCUGAUGAUUAUUUAGUUCGAAGUUUUUAUUUAAAAAAUGUUCAAACAAUGGAAACACGUACUGUAACACAAUUUCACUUUUUAACAUGGGGUGAAUUAAAUAAUCCACCAUCGGCUAAAGUUUUACUUGAUUUUCGACGAAAAGUGAAUAAAUGUUUUCGUGGUCGAUCAUCACCAAUCAUUGUUCAUUGCAAUGAUGGUGUUGGACGUACUGGUACUUAUAUUCUCUUGGACAUUGUCUUAAACCGUAUUUGCAAAGGAGCACGAGAAAUAAAUAUUGCUGCUACACUUGAACAUAUUCGUGAUCAACGAGCCAAAAUGGUUAAAACAAAAGACCAUUUUGAAUUUGUAUUCGUGGCUGUUGCAGAAGAAGUCACCUAUUUAUUAAAAGCAUUACCACAAUAA